AUGGAAGACAAGCCGACCCCAAACAACUAUGGGGACACCACGAUGCUACCCUUUCCCACAAGAGAAAGGAGGAAGAAGAGGGAUAGAGAUGAGCAGUUCCUCCGCUUCAUGGAAAUGGUCGAAAAGACGCACGUUAGUGUACCAUUGAUGGAUGUCUUGCAUAUUUCGUCCUACUCCAAGUUCAUCAAGGACAUCAUCAACAAGAAGCGACCAUUGCCAUCCACUGAAGUUGUCAAGCUGACAGAAGAAUUCUUUGACAGGCUGAACUUCACCAACUUGGAGCCAACCACCAUGACACUCCAGUUGGCAGACUCGUCAGUUCGGUACCCGGCUGGGAUUGCUCAAGACAUCCCUGUCAAGAUCAGAGGAUACUAUGUUCUAGUGGAUUUUGUGGUGCUCAACAUGGAGCUCACUAAAGAAACACUACUAAUCCUGGGAAGACCAUUCUUCAGUACAGCUGGAGCAUAG